AGUACUCGGUGUCAUAGAUACAAGUAAAAGUGAAGGGGGGACGAUCCUGACCACUAUCCACAUCCAGUCGGGGCCAUGACCACGUUGCGACAAGGUAACCGCGACCGGGUCGCAUUGGUGCAGAAUGAAUCAAAACAUCGAUCUGACUCGAGUGAGCCCUGUGAGCCUCGUUAAAAACGGAGGAGGAGGAGGAGCGCAGAUUAGGAACACUCUUCUAAGAGUCAACAUGGAUUCGCACGUGGGCCUCGACUAUAUCGUGGACAAUCCUGACUAUUGCGUAAAACUUGCUUCGGCAUUGGACACGGCCUGUACUUCGGUUAAGAAACAAGUCGUUGAAUUACUCUCGGCGCUCUGCGUUUAUAGUCAAGAUGGUAGGCAGCGUGCUAUCGAUACGCUUCACACGUAUCAGGAACGUAAAGGAGAACGUUAUCGAUUGCGAGUCGUGAUCGACGAACUGCAGAAAGCAACGGCUGAGGAUUACCAGACAGUAUUACUGGCAUUUAUCAACUGUUUGGUUAUUUCAACGCCGGUAUUGAAAGAUCGCAUACGGAUCCGCAACGAGUUUAUCGGCCUUAAGCUACUCCCAAUUCUGAACGAGUUGCGGAAAAGCCACGCUCCGGAUCUCAGAGUGCAAUUGGAUGUUUUCGACGAUCAACGCGAGAGCGACGAAGUACUAUCGAACAACGGACCACCGGAAAUCGAUUUGUCCUCCCACGUUGAUGUAUUUUAUGCUAUUCUUGGACAGAUCGCAGACACCCCACAGGAAAUACCAUUCUUAAGCAUCCUCCAGCAUCUGUUGCGACUGGAUCCGAAAGAUGCUGCGAGUGAUCUAGCGUGGGACACAGCAGAGACAUUGGUCCAUCGUGCAACGUUAUUGGAAAGUCGAGAGGACGCUACAAAAUUACUGAGAUCGCCUAGUCUUCAAACGAAUAAUCUAUGCUGUCAUUGCCGAGGAAACGAUCAGACGUGCGGUACGUCUCGAAAAGCUUCACUUCCGGUGAGCAAUACGACUGCACCAACAUUGACAUCAGCAACGAAUACGUCAGUAACAACUCCGCCUAAUCCACCCCCUAGCAGUGGUCUUGUAUUGCCACCACCUCCUCCCCCACCACUCUUUAUUAUUCCGACUAACUCGAAUGCUCCAAUGGAACCACCUUUGCCACCGCCGUUGCACGUGCCACAGGUUACUCGUGCUCCUACUCCUGAAGUACCCAACAAUCAUGCGAGAUUACUUCCUCAACAGGAGACACCAACUCCUAAGACUAAAAUGAAAACCAUCAAUUGGAACAAGAUUCCUAAUCAUAAGGUGAUUGGCAAGCGAAAUAUAUGGUCGUUAGUUGCUAACGAACAUCAAAAUCUUCCAAAUGCUGAUUUAGAUUGGGCUGAAAUGGAAGGUUUAUUCUGUCAACAAGUACCACCGAUGAUGCCACCGGUAACUUGUUCUUCGACAUACGGAACAGGCAUGGACGCUGAGAAACGUCGACGAGAACCAACCGAGAUUGCCCUGCUCGAUGGAAAAAGAAGUCUGAACGUCAAUAUAUUUCUUAAACAAUUUCGAAGUUCGAACGAAGAUAUAAUUCAACUGAUAAAAGAUGGCGGACAUGAUGACAUCGGCGCGGAAAAGUUACGUGGUCUGUUAAAGAUACUACCGGAGGUUGAUGAAUUGGAAAUGUUGAAAAAUUUCGAUGGUGACAAAUCGAAGCUUGGAAACGCUGAAAAAUUUUUUCUUCAACUUAUUCAAGUACCUAAUUACAAGCUACGAAUCGAGUGUAUGCUUUUGAAGGAAGAAUUUGCUGCUAAUAUGAGUUAUCUCGAACCGAGUAUAAAUUCAAUGAUUCUUGCUGGUGAGGAUCUUAUGACUAACAAACCGCUUCAUGAAGUUCUUUAUAUGGUCUUAGUCGCUGGAAACUUUCUAAAUUCGGGUGGCUAUGCAGGAAAUGCAGCUGGAGUUAAAUUGUCUUCUUUACAGAAAUUAACCGAAAUUCGUGCGAACAAACCGGGAAUGAAUUUAAUACAUUACGUAGCUUUGCAAGCUGAGAGAAAACGAAAGGAUUUGCUGAAUUUUGCUAAGGACAUGAGUGCUUUGGAAGGAGCGACAAAAACGACGAUCGAACAAUUAAACAACGAGUUUAAUACAUUAGACACCAAAAUAAAGAAAAUCAAGAAUCAAAUUCAAUUACCAUCGACCGAAAUAGAUAUUCAAGAACAGAUGGCACAAUUUCUACAGAUGGCUGAACAAGAAAUGGCACAAUUAAAAAGAGACAUAGAAGAGUUGGAAAACGUUCGACGAACAUUGGCAGAAUUUUUCUGCGAGGACAUUAAUGCCUUUAAAAUAGAGGAAUGUUUUAGGGUAUUCCAUCAGUUUUGUCAAAAAUUUAAUCAGGCUGUCGCGGAAAACGAAAGGCGAAGGAUUCAAGAGGAACAGGUAUUAGCGAGGCGAAAGCAACGUGAAGAACAAUUAAUGGCUAGGAAAAGAUUACUGAGUAAUCAAACAGAAACACCUAACUCUGAAUCUGAAUGUAAUCUGAUGGAUUAUGGUCUUCUUGAUCUCCAUACUGGCUUACCUCAAAGAAGUUACAGUCGUAGCGAAGCAAAGAUCAAAAGAUUACAAAACGGUGUUGUUACCUCGGACGACGAUGUUUCUAUUACCGGUUCACCAAAUAUACGACGAAGAUUAGGCUCGUGUUCUGGAGGUCCUGAACAACAGUCCACCAAAGAAGAUACUUAUUCGCCAGACAUAACACCUAACGGUACCCUUCGUCGAAGAAGGAGUCGAAUACCGUGCGAAGACGAUGAUGGUAAUUUAAUGGAUUUUCUCCGAACUUCGGGUCAGGAGAACACACGAGAAAGAAAAUCAUGGGGCAGCUUAGAUCGAUCGUGGGCGCGAAGAGCUCGCGGUCAAGCACGAAGAGGCGAUUUAUUAAACGCCGAUUUUUCGGCUGAUCGAGAAAGACCAAGUUCGCCAUCACCUUUAGCCGAGAGCAAGCCAUUUUUGCAAGAAGAGGAAGCAAAGCCAGGGAAAGCAUGGAGGCAAAAAAUCGAGGCUUGGCUGUCAGAAAACGAGAAGGAAGAUCGUGCGGGAGAAGAACUUCAAAGAAAGGCCAGACAAUUGCGUCAAGCAAACCGUAGGUCCUUCGAAGACUCAGAAAGUGAAGGCAAGAACUCCAUCAGAAAUACCCUGGUUGAAGACGAUUCUAUGCACGAAGGUUAUUCCGAAGUUUAUGACUGGCGGCCAUCCGUUGAGAAAACGGAUGUAAUGCGUACGAUGGAAGCCAUCGAAGAAGCCCAACCGAACCCAUCGCAGAAAGAUAAAUCACCUUGGCGAAAGUCGAGUUUGAACGUACCAAAUAGCAUGGAAGAGACUGACCCACGUUACUCUCGUAGGCUAAGAUCCAGACUCAGUACUGAAAAUAUCCUUGCUCCUAGUCCAUUACAAGCGAUCAGAGAAGAGGACAGAAAGAAGAACAAGAUCAGCGAGACGGUGAAUGCGAACACUCAGGACGAACUAACCAUUUAUCUUCGACAACCUUAUACAGGCUCGCAAACUCCAACAAGAAGAUUCUCGAAACUCGUUAAGAAAAAUUCUGAUGAUGAGAACGGCAACAUCAGUGACAAGAUUGAAAUUGAUUCGGAUAAUAUUGAGACACCACCGGCAACCAGACGACUUAUCAGUCCACCGAAGGAGGUUAAACCGGUCGAGAAAGAACCAUGUAAACGAGAAAGAUGUAGUAGUUCUCUUCAAAGUCGAGAAUCGAAGACUGUUUCGUUGAAACCUGUUAGUGUUAAUGCUGAUCUUGGUACCGGAAAUUUCGAUAGAUACUCGGCCACGAGAAGAACAAGAAGAUAUAAAAAAAUGUCCGAUCCUACGGAAAAAGAUACGAAAAAAGAAGAUCCAGUAAGUCAGCAGAUCUUCGAAGAGAAAUCAACGGAACGACCAAGUACAUUGUCGUUGACUGAAGAUGGACAGGAAGAAGAUGCUAUGCUCCGAGUCUGGCAGGAGAAAUUGAAACAUUCAGAAACAACAACGACCGAGAAGAUUGAUGCUGCAUUGGCUGAGAUCGCUCGAUCAGGGGAAGAUCUUCAACAUUUAUCACGUUCGAACGUUCAGAGAAACUCUCGACUUCCUGUUAGCCAACCACCUCCUGUGGUAGCUGUUACCAAUACAGUUUUGAGUCCAGUGAUGCAAGAAUCAAGACCAAGGGAACCAGUGACGAUCUUAGCCGAAAGAGCCGUAAGUAGUCGUGAACGUCACAGAAGUAUGAUAGAUCCAAGUCAGGUAAAGGAAGCUAUUCGAGUAACUAGCAGUCCACCUAGUCAGAUUAAUCAAAGUCCUAUAAGGAAUCUAAAUUGUGAACAAACCGUAUCAGAUCGUAAGAUCGUAGAAGAUCACAUAAUCACGAUCGAUCAAACGGAUAUGAACGAGCUCUCUUCAAACGUGGAUACCGAUCGUAAAACUGUAUCCAAUGAGGUGAUCCAAACGAUGGAAGAUCCUCCUAAACAAAGCUCCAUGUUUAGAAAUAGGUUUAUUCCUGACAUAAAUGUCACGAAUGCAUCACCGUUAUCUUUGGGGACGACUGUAAAGGGUAGAGAUCAGGAACUGAAUGACGAAGGAUUCGAAGAGACCCAAAGUCUAGUUUCGGAAUCUUUGAGUCAGGAAACGUCAUCAGGGAAUUAUGAAACUGACGCUCACGACUCUACACGAUAUUCCCCAGCUGAAUUACGUUAUACCGGGACGAUCGUAACUCAAUGUCGACCUAACGACGAAGAAGAAGAAGAAGUGGAUGUACGACAUAUUAUUAAGGAACCAGCCAAAAAUGUUUUUGCAAAGACCGUCCCAGUUAGAGGGACGAACAACGAAAAAAGUUUCCUACCAAAACGUACGGCUAAUAUGAAACGUGAAAAUAAUAGGAAAGUCGAAUCAUUGAAAAGAAAUCCUACUGUAAUGGCGUCGAAUAUUAGAAAUGAGGUCGAACGUUCUGGUUCUCGUAGCAGUCUUCGUAGCUCUAGAAGUUCAUUGAACAGUGCUACCUCUGUUAAUACUGUAAGAAAUUUGGCGCCCUCUCAUGCUCAUCUUCGUAGCUACACGUCUGCAAUUCGUGCGUUGACUAAUGACCUCAGGAAAAGUAGUCCUUCAAAUACACCCCUACCGCCAACCGUAAAAAAAGAGAACGAUAAGAGACGUACCAAUCCACGAAUAGCCGUAACUAGGAUUCCUGCCAGUAGGAGCAGUAGCAGUGGUAGCAGCGUUGGUCCUGUAGCAAGGAAUGUUAGAAAGACGAAUAAUGCGAUAAUUGAUACGAUCUCAAAGCAGGUGAACAAACCUCGAACGAUCGCUUCUCGUAGCAGUAGCAGUGGAAGUAGCAUCGGACAACAAUCAACGAUAUCCUGUCAACCUGGUGGUGAAAAGGUUGCACCCACCAAGAGCCGAUUAUUACAACCUCGUGCCGGCACGAAGAAUCAUAGUUUUAUGAGACCUACGGCUUCCAGUGCGAGUAAAGGUUCUAUACCGAAUCUUCCGAAAAGUAUCAAAAGCUUGAUCAAAUGAAUGUUAUUUUUUAAUAAGAAUUAAUCUUUACGUUAAGUUUUUUCUAAAGGACCAGAAAUUCGUGAACAUUAUUAUAUAUCACGAUACGUAAUGAUUCGAGUUAUCGUCGUACGAUAAAAAAAAAUAUUAAAAGAAAUAGAGAGAGAGAGAGAGAGAGAGAGAGAGAUACGAUUUCUUAUCUUAGCGAACUAAUGUUAUUAUUAUAACGACGAAGGAGGAUCAUCGAAAUGUUUUUGUAUACGAGAAAAUAAUCAAAUAUAUUUACAGUUUAACUCGUUGUAAAAUCAUUAUUACCAAGGAAACUGUUAAGGAACAUUUCGAGUAUUUCUAUCGAAAGCUCCGUGGGCGCUUAUAUUCGCAUAAGAUUAGGAGCUUUCCUUUCAGUCACCCAGAUAUAUAAUCUAGAAUUUAUAAUAAACUGUAACAUAUGUUUCGACUAACGUACUGUGCGAUACAAUAUCAUUUGUAUUGUUAACAUAAAUAAACGAUUUGUAAAA